UUCCCACAUGACCAUUUUGAUAACUAUUUCACCUGCAAAUUUGGGAUUUUGUUUGCUUUUUAAACUUUUUAGCUUGAAACUUCAUAGUAAUGGCGGAUUCAAAGGGUGGGUUGAUGGAACAGAUUAAGGAAAAUCUUCCUUCACAGAAGAAAGGAGGAGAAGUCGGGCAUGAAGAGAAACAAAGCACGGGAGGGUUGAUGCAACAGAUAGUCGACCAAAUUCCUGGAGAGAAGAAAGGAGAAAUGGGUCAAGAGACGCAAAAUAAAGGAGGGUUCAUGGAGCAGAUAAUCGACCAAAUUCCUGGACAGAAGAAAGAAGUGGGGCAUCAAGAGAAGCAAAAUGGAGGAGGGUUUUUGGAACAGAUAACUGACAAGCUUCCUGCACAGAUGAAAGGAGGAGAAGAUAAUAAGGACAAGGGAGGUUUGAUAGAUCAGAUAAAGGAGAAACUCCCAGGCAACGAGAAAGCCCAGUAGAAGCAGGCUUUUGCUUACUCCUUUCUGUUCUAGAAGGAAAUGUCCAUUAGAAGCUUCUUUUUCUGUUUUAGAGGUUAAAUGUUCAGGUAAUUCUUAAUGGGUGCUUUAUUUGCGCUUAGCAACAAUAUUAGUUAAUGAAGGUAUGUUUGUGUUAGAUUGUAAUGAUGGGAAAUUGGAGUAGCGCAUACAUUUGCAAAUGUGGCUGUGGAUUUUGUUCUACCCAUCCCAGUUUCUUAAAUGUAAAGAUUUCCUUCUUUGAA